UUUUCCCCUCUCUCUCUCUCUCUUCCCCUUCCUCCCCUUGCCCCGCGGAGGCGCGCGCAGACAACACCCGUGGGGCAAAAAAGCGGCGCGUCUCAUCGCCAGGGAUAAGACGCGGCCAGGGCACGCGCAGCGGCACACUGCUCGUCGUGCAGUCGACCGACUCACAUCGGAAGGGGGGGGGCCCAUAGCAGCAGCAGCAGCAGCACCGACAGCCAGUAAAGCCAGCUAGCUAGCCAGCCAGCAGCAGCAGCAAGCACUCAAGACAUCGCCAUCACUAACAUCAUCACUAACAUCAUCACCGCCAACAACUACUGCCAUCAUCAUCAUCAUCGCCACCACUGCCAUUAACUGCCAAUGCCAACAUCGCCAUCACCCGCACGCACGCCUAUACACACACGCACACAUAUAUACUCGAGCGGGGUUUGAUGCGCAUAGCACACACGAUCUCGAGAACGCACGCACGCACGUGAGUGAGUGAGACUGCAAUUUCUGCGCGUUCACAGAGUGCGUGCGGCCAAGGCUUUUUGCGUUCGAGUCUGGAGUUUCUUCAUCUCGCCGAGUAACAUUAUAGCCUCCGACUUGCAUUGAUACUUUCAUCGUCGUCUUUCUUUCUUUACACACACACACAUCUCGAUUAUAUAGAUACCCUAUCUGGCGUAUAGAUCAUCGCAGCAUCAGACGUAGCAGCAGUCGCGUCGCUGCACCGUGACCGACACAACUCUCUUGCCGCACGCGAUCCGCACAUUUGACUCCCCCUCCUCUCUCGCUCGCGACACGCACAGACUACGACACGCACGGAGACCGCCACUCACCACAACACUUGUUCCCGGGCUAUCUCAUGUACAAAAUGGAGUUCUCCUACCUAAACUCGUCGGCCUACGACUCGUGCAUGGGCGGCGUUGACGCCUCUGGACUCACGUACGCAGACUACGGCUCGUGCAGUCAGUACGCGCCCAUCCGGGCCAGCUUCGGGGCCGCGGCCGCCGCGGCCGCCGCUGCCUCCGUGUGCCCCAGCCUCGGUCCCAACAGUUGCAGCCUGGCCGGUCUGCGCGACCACCAGGGCGGACCGUACACGGCGGGUAUGUAUACUGUUCCCUACAAGCUCUUCUCGGAGUGCGGCUCCCUGGCUGAGAAGCGCAAGCAGAGACGCAUUCGCACCACGUUCAGCAGCGCGCAGCUCAAGGAGCUGGAGCGCGUCUUCGCCGAGACGCACUACCCCGACAUCUACACUCGCGAGGAACUCGCCCUGCGCAUCGACCUCACCGAGGCGCGCGUCCAGGUUUGGUUCCAGAACCGGCGCGCCAAGUUCCGCAAGCAGGAGCGCGCCGCCAAGAACGCGUGCGCCGCCAAGAAAGCCGAGGCGCGCGCCGACGACGACCCCAAGGAGGUCAAAUCCGCAGCACCGGACAGCACCGCGUCGAGCAGCGGAGUCGGGGUGGGCUUGGGAAUCGGCAUCGGACCCUGCGGUCAGGGCUCGGUCCAAGGCGGAGGAGUCGGGAACGGCAAUGCGAUAUCCUCGGGCGGUCUCUCCAUCCCGUCGGGCCCGCACGGGGUGACCGUGCAAUCGUCGGGAGGAGCUGGCGGAGGAGUAGGCGGCGGCGGCGGUGGCGGCGGCGGUGGCGGCGUGGGACCCGUGGGGUCAUGCGGGAGCCUGAGUCCCGCUUCCGACUGCGGCGCACGAUCUGCGGCGGCGGCGGCGGCGGCAGCUCACGCGGCGGCAACGGCCGCGGCCUGGACGAGCCCCGUGCCCGGGGUGACCGUGUGCGAGGCCCUGGGGGGGCCCUUCGCCAGCGUCCUGUCGUCCCUGCAGCGGCCCGCAGGCAUGAAGCCCUCGCCAGUGAAGAGCCACAUCUUCUGA